AGGGUAAAUUGACCUUGUCACUGUGAGCGUCCUGUUAAGUGCCGUCUUAAACUGUCAAGAUGAGUGCGAUGCUGGAGACCCCAGAGAUGCCUGCCGUCUUUGACGGAAUGAAGCUGGCUGCCGUGGCCGCCGUCCUCUAUGUCAUUGUACGCUGCUUGAACCUUAAGAGUCCAACUGCUUCCCCGGAGCUCGUUUUUCAAGACACAGCUUUGAAUCGCUUCCUGCUUAAAUCCUGCCCUUUACUGACCAAAGAAUAUAUUCCUCCUCUUAUCUGGGGAAAAAGUGGACAUAUUCAAACAGCUCUAUAUGGGAAGAUGGGUCGAGUAAGCUCACCACAUCCAUAUGGACAGCGCAAGUACCUUACCAUGUCUGACGGAGCUACUGCAACCUUUGAUCUUUUUGAGCCUUUAGCCGAGCACUGCACUGGAGAUGAUGUCACUAUCGUGAUUUGUCCUGGCAUAGCCAAUCACAGUGAAAAGCAGUAUAUUCGUACCUUUGUUGACUACGCUCAGAAAAGCGGGUAUAGAUGUGCGGUGCUGAAUCAUCUUGGAGCCUUGCCAAAUAUCGAAUUGACAUCUCCACGAAUGUUCACAUAUGGUUGCACUUGGGAGUUUGGAGCUAUGGUUAACUACAUCAAGAAGACUUAUCUUGAGACUCGGUUAAUUGUGGUUGGAUUUAGCUUGGGAGGCAACAUUGUGUGUAAAUACCUUGGAGAAGCCCCAGCCAGCCAGGAAAGAGUACUCUGCGCCGUUAGUGUAUGCCAAGGAUACAGCGCUUCUCGGGCACAGGAGACGUUUCUGCAGUGGGAUCAAUGCCGACGCUUCUACAACUUCCUCAUGGCCGAUAACAUGAAGAAAAUAAUCCUGUCCCACAGACAUGCUCUUUUUGGUGACAUCAAUAAAAAUAACUUGACGUUUGAUCCCUCUGACUUGAGCCGACUAUACACAGCUACGUCUCUCAUGCAGAUUGAUGAAACUGUAAUGAGAAAGUUCCAUGGCUACAAGACUGUCAAAGAGUAUUACGAAGCGGAAAGCUGUGUUCGAUAUUUGCACAAUAUCCACGUUCCCAUCAUGCUGGUUAAUGCAGUGGAUGAUCCACUAGUGCAUGAGAGUUUGUUGUCCAUUCCAAAGACUCUUGCUGCGAAAAAAGAAAAUGUCAUGGUAGCGCUGCCUCUUCACGGAGGACAUCUGGGCUUCUUUGAAGGCGCUGUGCUUUUCCCAGAACCCUUGACUUGGAUGGACAAGCUCUUGGUGCAAUACUCCAAUGCCAUCUGCCAAUGGGAGAAAAAUAAAUCUCAGUGUUCUGAUGUGGAACAAGUAGAAUCUGAACACAAGUAAAAUUAGCACUUGGAUCCUCUUUCCAAAGACUUCUCUCCACCCCUCCUAUCUCUAAAA